GGGUAUAUACGGUAUAAAUAGUUAUAUUGGGGGGAGGGAUAAUAAAAUGCUUAAUAAACAAGCAUUAAUUGAAUUUAUUAAGCAACCCGUUAAAUGGGAAAUGAUUGUUUAUCUUGCGGAAAAAGCGAAUGGAGUUUUACAAUGUGUUCCGAUAUCUCAACCUUCGAAAUAUAAUGUAGAAUUUUCGUAUCGUAAUUUUCCUACGUUAGAGCAUUUUAUUUCUAGUUUAUGUGAGCAAUCGAAUGUCCAAGUACCUACGCUUAUGUCAUCGUUGGUAUAUCUUGAACGUUUACGAUGUAAAUUACCACGUGUUGCAAAAGGAAUGAUGUGUACAUGUCAUCGGGUUUUUCUUGCAUCACUUAUUUUAGCGGCAAAGUAUCUUAAUGAUUCAUCACCCAAAAAUAAACAUUGGGCAAAAUAUACAAAUCAUUUAUUUUCAUUAACGGAAGUUAAUCUUAUGGAGAAGCAAUUGUUAUCACUUUUAGAAUGGGAUCUUUCGAUUACGAUGGAAGAUUUAUAUAAAGCUCUAGCACCGUUUUUAGUGCCGAUUAAACAUGCAAUUGUUGCAUGGCAAACAGUACGGUCAGAGCAAUGUAUGUCUCCGUCAUUACCUUACUUGAUGUAUCCUCCAAUUUCAUAUAAUCCGCCGAAAUCGCCUAUUUGGACUAAAAGAUUAUCAUUAACGAGUUCUCCUGCAACUAUGCCGUCUCUUUCAUCAUCAUCGACAGUUUCGAGUUUAGCAGAAAGUCCUGAUGAAUCUUUUAUAACACUUCCUAACAUGCAAAAUUCAAUGAAAACUUCAAGAAGACAGCUUUAUCAACAAUAUUUGAAAGAGCAAGACUUCAAUCCUUAUAAAGGCUAUAUACCAUCAUCUGAAUAUUAUAAUUAGUUUAAAAAUAAUGCAUAGAGAAUGAUUUGGACAUUUUUUUUUUUUA